GAUAAAUCUUUCGCAUUUCAUCCACGUGUUUCCACCAUAGACAGUAGGUUUCCACACACUAUCAAAGACACCAGCCACCACCAGGGAUACAUCAUCCAGUGCCAACAUUCGCCAUGGCUUGCUCUGAACUUGCGUUGCUCAGUGUGUCGGAUAAAACUGGUUUGUUGGACUUCGCCAAACGUCUUGUGUCUGUGGGUCUAUCCUUGGUGGCAUCGGGUGGCACGGCCAAAGCCUUGCGUGAUGCUGGACUACAUGUCAGGGAUGUCUCGGAACUGACUGGCUUCCCCGAGAUGCUGGGUGGGAGGGUGAAGACGCUUCAUCCUGCUGUUCACGGAGGCAUUUUAGCCAGACACACCCCCUCUGAUAAAGCUGACAUGGACAAACUGGGCUUUAGCCUUGUGAGAGUGGUUGUGUGCAAUUUGUACCCAUUUGUGAAGACCAUCUCAGUGCCUGAUGUAACUGUCGAAGCCGCUGUAGAGCAAAUUGACAUCGGUGGAGUGACACUUCUCCGAGCAGCUGCCAAGAACCAUGCCAGAGUCACUAUUGUCUGUGACCCAGCUGACUAUGACCUGGUGGCUGUGGAGAUGGAGGGCUCAGAUGGCAAAGAUACAACCUUGGAGACUCGCAAAACGCUGGCUUUGAAGGCCUUCACACACACGGCACAGUAUGACGACGCCAUCGCUGACUACUUCCGGAGGGAGUACAGUCGUGGCGUAUCCCAGCUGCCCCUGCGCUAUGGCAUGAACCCCCACCAGGCGCCUGCCCAGCUGUACACCUUGCGCCCAUCUCUGCCCAUAACAGUGGUAAAUGGAUCUCCAGGCUUUAUUAAUCUGUGCGAUGCCCUCAACGCCUGGCAGUUGGUGAAGGAGCUGAAGAAUGCUCUGGGCAUGCCAGCUGCUACGUCUUUCAAGCACGUCAGUCCUGCAGGUGCUGCAGUAGGAGUGGCUCUGACGGAGGAAGAGGCGAAGGUGUGCAUGGUGAACGAUAUGCUGCAGGACCUCACGCCACUAGCCACCGCUUACGCCCGCGCCAGAGGGUCUGACAGGAUGUCAUCUUUUGGAGAUUUCAUCGCCCUCUCUGACACCUGCGAUGUCGCAACCGCCAAAAUCAUCUCCAGAGAGGUUUCUGAUGGGAUCGUUGCCCCUGGCUACGAAGAGGAGGCCCUCCGGAUUCUCUCCAAGAAGAAGAACGGCAACUACUGUGUACUUCAGAUGGACCCGUCCUAUGAGCCGGAUGAGACUGAGGUCCGGGUCCUCUUUGGCCUCCAUCUCAAGCAGAAGCGAAACGGAGCCAACAUCGACAAGGAGCUUUUCAACAACGUUGUCUCCCAGGGCAAGUUGUCCGAGAGGGCUCUGCGUGACCUCAUCGUGGCGAGCAUUGCUGUGAAGUACACACAGUCCAACUCUGUAUGCUACGCCAAGGAUGGACAGGUGAUUGGAAUAGGCGCUGGUCAACAGUCUCGUAUCCACUGCACGCGUCUGGCCGGGGACAAGGCUGACAACUGGUGGCUGAGACGCCACCCUCGUGUCCUCAACAUGAAGUUCAGAAGCGGCGUCAAGCGUGCAGAGAUGGCCAACGCCAUCGACCAGUUCGUCAGCGGGACCAUCGGAGAGGGCCCAGACCUGGAUGCGUGGAAGGCCAUGUUUGAGGAGGUUCCUGAGCAGCUGUCUGAGACGGAGCGCAAGAACUGGCUCAGCUCCCUGCAGGCAGUCGCGCUGAGCUCUGAUGCCUUCUUCCCCUUCAGGGACAACGUGGACCGGGCCAAACGGAGUGGUGUCGAGUACAUCGCAGCCCCCUCCGGUUCCACAGCUGAUGAGGUGGUGAUCAACGCGUGCAACGAGCUUGGCAUCACCCUGGUGCACACCAAGCUCCGCCUUUUCCACCACUAGCUCCUGACACCAACUCCUUGCAGACCAUUUCUAAUACCCCUUAAUAUCUCAUCUCAAGCCUGCGCAAGUUACUGAUUGAAUGGGCUUCUGACUGAAAGCCAGAAGAUGUCUAAUGCAUUACAUAGUGGUUCCCCAUUGACACUACAUCAUUGUUACAACUCCCAGUGCAAAUAGAACGCACACUCCUAUGCAUUCCACUUGGACUUGUUAUUCUUAAAUGUUUCCAGUAGCACUGCCAAGUCUAACCUCUUAAGCCUCCUCCAGAAAUAAUAAAUAGUUGAUUUCUUGACUAAA